AUGGUCUCAUUCGGAGAGCCAUGGCCGGAGCUCAACGACGGCAUACAUUACCGUGAUCUUAUCCGACCCUCCGAUGCCGGUGCGACGCUGAUUGAGUUCUAUUCUAGGAAGUACAAAAGCUCAGCUCCUUUGCACGGCUGGUUGCAGAGAAUUCACGAUAAGCAGAUAACGAUCGAUGGCUGUGUUGUGACCGAUCCUGAUACGAUUCUCAGGGGAGGUGAAGCACUGGUUUAUCAUCGCCUGCCUUGGAAAGAGCCCGAUGCCCCGUACUUGCUGGAAAUUCUGUACGAGAAUGAAGAUGUGAUUGCUUUGAAUAAACCCUCGGGAUUACAAGUUCUACCCGGAGGACUAUUUCAGCAGCGAACUGUCUUGACACAACUCCAAAGGCAUGCAGGAACCCCGACUACAACAAAGCAUCAAGAGCGUCAUCCUGUUCCUGUUCACCGUCUCGGGAGGGGCACUUCAGGAAUAUUACUUUGUGCAAAAACAAAGAUCACAAAAUCUCGUCUGGCAGCUUUUUUUGCUGAUGGGACAUCUCUUGUUGCGGAAUGUCGGAAAACUGAUACGGACCAAAAGGUAACAAGGAAUAUAACAAAAGUAUAUCGAGCCCUAGCAAGUGGGAUCAUAGUGGAAAAUGAGGUUGUCAUUGAUCAACCAAUUGGGCCAGUUAAAUAUCCUGGCGUUGCCAAGGGGUUGUAUGUUGCCUCUCCUACAGGGAAACCAGCCUUGAGCAAAGUUAUUGUUCUGGAGAGAAACUUGCUGAGCAAUUCCACCAUAGUCAAGGUCCAAAUUCAAUCAGGCAGGCCACACCAAAUUCGCAUUCAUCUUGCUUUCAUUGGGCACCCACUUGUAGCAGGUGAUCCUCUUUAUGAUAUCGGUGGGCAACCAAAGUGUUCCGAUCAUAAGUCUGAUGAUGGAAGUUUUUCUCAAGAUGGAGGAUAUGAAAGGCCUGAAAAACCUGUUCCUGGUGACUGUGGCUACCAUUUGCAUGCCCACCAUGUAACUUUUGCCCAUCCUCUGACAGAUGAGGUAAUUGCAAUCACUUCCCCUUUGCCACUCAUCCUACAAACAUUAGAAGAAUCGACAGAGAAGAUGGGGUUCGUCUGA